GGCACAUUAUGCGGCUAUGGUGGAAUCAGUCACUGGCGAGUUGUGGGUGGUGACUAGUCGGCGACCCAUCCCGUCCGAUGAACGUGCUUCCGUGUUCUUUCCUUUCGUUUCGCCACAGAAUCGCCAAUUUUAUCGAUCUUCGAUCCGUUCAAUCGGCUUUCCUUGUGUUGUUGCACGCACGUGGUGUCGUUGCACCUUUCCAUCCGUUGAUCUCGCGAAUUCCAAGGAACAACGAUUUUCCAUCGCGAAAAUGUGAAACUCUAUUCCUCGAUCGAAGGAAAACUUAGGAUUUAUCAUUUAUUCGUAGCUUGUGAAAGUGUGGAGUUGAAUAAUUGUUUUCGAUGAAUAAAAUUUGGUUUACGGCGGGAAGAUCGAUGGAGGAUUUUGUAUAAUUCGUAGUGGAACUGUAGUGGAAGUGUUGCUUUCUGGAAUUUAAGACAGUCUUCGGUUGAUCGUGAAAGUAUCAAGUUGAACUUCGGUUACCGAAGCGAACCUUGACCCACGUUUCAUUUGGAAAUGUAACCGAAAAAUCACUGGAACAGCGGGAACUAGGAAUUUUCCAAAGGAACAGCCAGAACACGAGAAACCGUGGCUUUAUUGUAAAUCAAAGCCGAAUUUACACGAGCGAUGUAUGAAGCAAGUUCCGUUUGCUCGUAAUGGAGGCAAGCGUCGGUGCUCGUAGGUGAAACUACGACUGAAAUAAUGGGUGUCAUUGAGGGGGCGAUCGUUUAGAUUAGUCGGGUCUUAUUAGGACGGUUCAGCGCGUGAAAGCGAUCCAUCGUGCAUACUUUCCAAAACGGCACCGAAAGCGCCGACAAUGCGAUCCGAUCGACGUCCAUUCCGCGCAAAACUUGAGCCAACAUCGAGAAUGGAAUUCUGAACAUUCGCGAAACGUUUCUACCAGCGAGCCUCCUUAAACCGUGUUGUCCACUGCUGCGAAGGAAACGCGAAGAAAGAUGUAACCCGUGUGGAAGGUAGAAGAAGAAAAUUUCAUUUCUUUUUCAACGUUUUCCGAAAGUAAAGGCGCGCGGAUAAUUCCUGAGGCGUGAUCCAUAAACAUCCGUUGGAUCGUGGAAAAAUAGCCGGGCAUAUCUACGAGCAACGGGGCUGGAAUAUCUGGCAGAUAACGCGGUGUCGUUGCGAACGGGGUGUAAAGUAUCAAAGAUUCGUCGGGCAUAGAUCUUUCCGCGAACCUCGGUAACAAGAUGACGAGAUAACCCGAGGGAAGGUGAACGAACGGUUCGAAGAUUGGAGUAAGAAUCUUCGAAUCCCGUGUGAAGGAACUAUGAAACACUGGGACUAGUUCUACCGUCGAAUAAUCUGGAAAAGUUGUAUCUUAACAACGCAACAAGAUGCUAUGGUAUCGACAAUUUUCCUGAACACCGAGUACAAUCAUGGAAUCAGGAGUUUUCCUGUGAUUACCAUCGACCUGUGCGAACGUUUCAGUGAAACUACAAAGAAAAUUGAAAAAAAGAACACAACUCGAAGUAAAAGAUGAAGAGAUAAUAUUCUGUAGUAAGAUCGACUAUCGGUUUCAAAGGGUGUCGGUAGUGAGAAUUCGAGGUUUAACGGGUGAUAGAACCGUCGUCAAAAUAGAGUACCCCGGGGGUAGCGGCAUGUACGGGGGUGGUUCAGGUAGCGGAGGGUAUGGGGUCGGUUUGGGCCCGGGAGCGGGCCCUUCCCAUUACAUACCCUCCGCAGCCUCGGUGGGCUAUCAAUUGGCUCCACCACCCCCACCGCCACCACCGCCGAGCUGCCCGUCCGCCGGAAGUCAGCUUCUGUCUUACGGGCCCAACCUAUCGCCCCAUCAUAUGCAGCCGACCCACACGGACGCGCAACAAUCCAAAAGACGGAGAUCCGACGAGGAUGAUCCUAACGGGUGUAAAUAUAGAAGGCUGGAGGACGAGAAUGUACAGGACAAAGAAAGAUUUGCGAGUCUUGCGACUUACUGCAGGGAGAAUCAUUGCGAAAUCGAACGGCGGCGGCGGAACAAGAUGACCGCCUACAUCACCGAACUCUCGGACAUGGUACCCACGUGUUCGGCCCUCGCGAGGAAACCUGACAAAUUGACGAUACUCAGGAUGGCGGUGGCCCAUAUGAGGGCUCUCAGAGGUACCGGAAACACGAGCCCGGACGGCGCCUACAAACCAUCGUUCCUCACCGACCAAGAGUUGAAACACCUUAUCCUGGAGGCAGCCGACGGAUUCCUGUUCGUCGUCAACUGCGACACCGGAAGGAUCAUGUACGUGUCCGACUCCGUCGCGCCGGUUCUGAAUUACACUCAGAACGAUUGGUACGGCACCAGCUUGUACUCGCAGGUUCAUCCGGAUGACACUGAAAAAGUGAGGGAACAGUUGAGCGGCGGCGAGCCACAAAACGGAGGCAGAGUGCUGGACCUGAAGACGGGGACCGUGAAGAAAGAAGGCCAGUCGUCGAUGAGACUGUGCAUGGGCUCAAGAAGAGGCUUCAUCUGUCGCAUGAAGGUCGGCAAUCUCCAAACGACGGGGGACAUGGCUGCUGCCCAUGGACUCCACCGUAUGAAACAGAGAAACUCGUUGGGACCACCGGCCAGGGACGGCCAGAAUUACGCCGUGGUUCAUUGUACAGGGUAUAUCAAGAGUUGGCCCCCGAAAGAUGACAGAGAGCCUGCCAUUGUUCAAGUGGGACCAGAUGGUGUGGUCUCAGAGGAUAACGUCAGCGCUCAUUACUGCCUGGUUGCGAUCGGGCGAUUACAGGUCACUAGCACACCAAAUAGUAGCGAUUUAGCAGGUUCCAAUAGCAAUAAUGAAUUUAUUUCACGUCAUUCUGCAGAAGGUAAAUUUACCUUCGUGGACCAAAGAGUGGGCGGAAUUCUAGGGUACACGCCUUCCGAACUCUUAGGUCACCCGUGCUACGAAUUCUUUCACCCAGAGGAUUUGACGCACAUGCGAGAAAGUUUCGAGCAAGUGCUGAAGCUGAAAGGACAAGUUGUGUCUGUGAUGUACAGAUUUCGAGCCAAAAAUCGCGACUGGGUGUGGUUAAGGACGUCCGCAUUUGCAUUCUUAAACCCCUUCAACGACGACGUUGAAUACAUCGUCUGCACGAACACACAUGCCAAGUCAUUCCAUCCUGGUAGCGAUGGUCAGACAGAAAAUGAAGCUGUACCUGCUUAUGGACAACCUGGUUUAGAUUAUUCUCUUCAAAGACAUCCUGCCAGGGAUCCUCUAUAUUCUGGGCACCACAUGAUGCAGCACCCGGCAACUGUUGCUACAGCUGGUCCUCAACAACCUAGGCCGUCUAGUACACAAAAUGUCUAUCAAGGGUACGAGACGACGCAAUCGCCGAUAGCUUAUGGCUCGCCCGGACAGCAAAGCGCGUCCUCUUCAGUUUUAAGUAGAAUUCAAAAACCAGCUAACACCUCUCCAACUCCUGUACAGCAGGCGUGGGCCAUUGGAAGACAGCAACCAGUAACAGAAGGGUAUCAGUACAAUCAAUUAAGUCCAUCGAGGUCACCGAACGGACCAACAUAUACUCAAUUAAGUAGCGGUGCUAGGACACCAGCUACCCAGUACCACGCAGUCACAACAGUACCUAAUAAUCCUGGCAUGUGGGGAUGGCAAAGCCAGCAACAUCAAGCACCUCAACAAGACGGUGGACAAUCGAAUCCUCAAGUUGCUGCACAGGCCCAACCACCUCAUCCUUCUCAAGGUGGACCUGGCACGCAACCCCAAGAACUGUCAGAUAUGUUACAGAUGCUGCAAGAUCAAGGUGGUGCAUCUGGUUUUGAAGAAUUAAAUAUGUUCAAUACUAAUUUUGAGUAGCGACAAGGAAGUAGCAGGCCUGAUAAACAUCUACCUUAAAAAAAGCUUUAAGGUUCGAAUCACCGGUAGAGUCCCGAGAUUGUUCCGAGUAUCGUAAGCCACACUUUUAAUUUCGGCAUUUUAUUUAAUUUUGUAGGGAUUAUUUGAAAUAAAAAAAGUAAAUCCCACGUGCCGGGUUCAAGUAAAAUGAUACGGAUAAGAUUUAUUCUAUAAAAUUUCAUCUAUAUGAUAUGUCUUACACACAAUGAAUCUCACAGAAUUCUCUAAACUCACCAUCACUCACAAUAGCUCACAACUGGCUCGUUACUCUCUAUACUCUUCGUGUAUCACUUUGUCUUCUCAGUUUUUACACUUUGACUUGUCUUCCAAAUUCGUUAUAAAUACAUUUACAUCCAUCGCCAUUUGUUACAUUUUCUCUGAAAUUUCAUCGUACAAUGAUUCCUAUUGUGUCACAAAUUUGCAUUUAUCAUUUUGUUGCAUUGACCGGAUUUUAGAACAUAAGGAAAACAAUUUCAAAAAAAAAAAGAGAUAAACAUUGUAAAUCAAAAAUUAAAUUUCAAACUUUCCUCGCUGUUCUAAUAAAUAUUGUUAUAGGUAUAGGUUUAUAUUUUGAAUUGUAAAUGGCGGUCAAAAAUGAUUAGAUAUAGAGAGGCCUAGGAUUUCAUUGAGCUAUUGUUAAUGGAUGUAAGUAUGUGUAUAAAAUUUUGGACAAAACAAAGAAAAAUGCGUGUAAGAUUUGUAAUUGUUCAAGAAAGUGACGCUUCGUUAAGAUUUUCAAACAAACACAUUUAUCGAACUGCAUGUAUUUUGUACGAUUAUUACCACUUUACAUUUUUAUAGAAUUUGAACGCCUUAUCUGUGCUUAUAUCGAUAAGUAAUAGGGUGUAAUUUUCCUUUUACGUAGUAGCGAAUUUUGUUUUUAAAGGAACGAGCACAUCGUCAAAUAUUUAAAAAGGAAGGAGAUCCAUUCUAAACGAUAAGGGGAAAAAAAAAAUAUUUUUAAAAAAACGUUUCAAUUAAAUUUACAAGAAUCACGGUAAUUUUAAUACAAAAACUUAUCGUUAGAUUUCUAAGAUUAGCUUAAUUAUUUUAAUUUAGGUCAUUGUAAUUAUAAAUAGUGCAAUCGUCAAAGUCGUCAUCGAAACGGGAAUGAAUUGUUUAAACACAACACGAUGUACAAAAUUAUGUGUAAUCCACUUCGCUUCUCUGCGCAAAACACCAUUUUUAGAUAUUUCUAAAAAGAAAAAAAAAAAUUAUAGAUAAUGUUACACAUAUGAAUAUAGUUGCAUUUAUAAGUAACCACGUGUGAUUUAAUGCAUUGUAGAUGUACAUGUCUAGCAAAUUCUUAUUAAGUAGAAAGAGGAAAAGAAAUAAUUGCAGCAUAUCAUGAUGAAUUGGGAACAUUUGUCACUAAUAUAUAAAAGUUUACAUUA